AGUUUAGUGAUCAGGUUCUCGGAAACCACACCAUCCGGAACCUCGUGUUUCCGGAACUGUAAGCUGACAACACUGUUGCCAUUUGCUGAUCGGCGGAUACUCCUUCGUAAGUGAUCGCAUUGCCGCGUCGGCAAUGGCGGCCGCAAGGUGCAGGGUAGCAGCACUGCUGCUGCUACUUCUAGCCGCCAUCGGAACGGAUGCAGCCAGGCAACAGCCGUCCAUUGUUGAAAGCGAGACAGCGCGUGACAGCGAUUUGGUGUUCGAAGAUGAAAAACCCUCGGACUCCUCAAACUUUGACAGGCUAAUGGAUAUUGAGAGCCAAGAAAACCUUCGGUUAUUAACUGCUCACUCCAAGCCCACGAUCGAACAGUUCGAAGAGUCGGUGGACAUGGGCGAACCGCUCGAAAGCGAUGAAUUGUCCUACAUGUCGCCGAACGACGAGGUUGAAGAGUCCGAUGAGGAAGACGACGAAACUGACAAUGAGGUUGUUCUUCGCGACGAGGCACAACAGGAAGAUCAGAACCAGAAUUGGUUGAUGCGCAACGUUAAACGUAUCAAGCGGAGUCUCGACAGUUUGUGGAGCGGUUCAAAAGCAAGCGAAACGAUUGCGGAAGGAGAACAUAAUGAAACGAAGCAUGGCAAGCACAAGAAGAAAGCUACCACGCUGGAAAAGCCAGGAAAAAUGAAGAACAAAAAGAAGCAGCUGACCAAGGAGGAACGCCAACAGAGACGCGAACAGAAGGAAGCUAGUAAAGCUGGCACUGAUGCAGUGUCGCAAUCGUCAUUUACUCGGCGGAUCAGUUCGGGAGUGCAUCACAAGGCUCCGGUUGCUCACAAUGCGAUCUCGACCAGUGACGGAAAAUCGAACAAAUUCGUUGGUGUGCGUCCCAAACGGCAAUUUGACACCACAUUCAUGGACACUGAGGGAAGCGGUUUCGAUGGAUCUGGAGAGUCAGGUCCAGGCGAAGAAACGUGGACGUUCUACAAAAUGACGAUCACGCUGGACGAACCGUUUCAGAACAGCAUGCGCGAUACGCGUAAAAAUUCCGAAAAGUUAUCACACAUCAACACGCUAGUUAAGAACCUGAUCGAUGAGGCAUUACGCACGGACUUUGGAGUGACAGCGAAGCGGUUUGACCCGUAUCCAUCGAACCAACAACUGACUCUCGUCACACUCGAGCUACACGCACCGAAGGACUUCAACCUGGAUGAGAUGGAGGAUAGAAUUCGUUCCCAGCUGCAGAGUGGUCACUACGAGUUGCGCGCCGAUGGCCUCUCGCUGGUGCUUGCCGAUGAUGCCGACUCUGAGCUAGACGGUAAGGAUGAAGUCAUUCUUGAUCCUUUCCCGGAUCGAUCACACAUCUCGGGCCGGGACGACGAGGGUGACGAGGAGGAAGACGACGAAGAGGACGAGGAAGAGGAUUACGCCACCGAUCGUCCGGUUGAGGAAGAGGAGCGACAGGGUGAGAAUGAGCUAGAGUCAACCACCAUGCGAAACCGUAUCGGUGACGAGUACCCGGAGGAAACGACGGAUUUGUGUCGCGGCGACGAUAAAGUGCGAUGCGGCAAGACGUCCGUGUACAUUUGUGCCGUGCAAUGGUGCGACGGUAGCCCGGACUGUCCGAACGGCGAAGAUGAAAAUGCAGCCGAGUGUCAGAAGUGCGAGAAGGAUGAAUUUUCUUGCGACGGAACACGAUGCGUUUCGCUGUCGAAGAAAUGUGACGGCCAUCGUGACUGUAGCGAUGGACACGAUGAAGCGGAUUGUCCUUUGUCGGAGUGUGGACCGAACGAAUUCGAAUGUGAGGAUGGAACUUGCAUCGACCAGGUCCAGCAAUGUGACGGUGUGCCCGAUUGUAGACGAGGCGAAGACGAAAUGGAAUGUGGAACGGUAGAGUGUGAUGAGCUGCGCGAAUUUUUCUGCAGAGCGGAUAAAACAUGCAUACCAAAGGAAACUGUUUGCGACGGUAGAAAUGACUGUUCCGAUGCCGAGGAUGAAAUCUGCGAAGGGUGUUCGGCUAACGAGUUUCAGUGUCGGUGGGAUAGAAGAUGCAUACCGAUAGAGAAGAAGUGCGAUAAGGUGUAUGAUUGCUACGAUAAAACUGAUGAGCAAGUUUGUGAAUGCACCGAGCGCGAGUUCCAGUGUGAUAACGGAUUCUGCAUUCCGAAGUCUCAGCGUUGCGAUCGCGUGCACCAUUGCAAUGACAUGUCGGAUGAACGGGGAUGUACAAACAGUCGAUGCAGUGAGCAUGAGUUCCUUUGCAAUAACGGCCAGUGCAUUCCAAAGGAGUACACGUGUAACGAUAUUGACGAUUGUGGGGACAAUUCUGAUGAGACCGAUGCAAACUGUGAAGAUUUUGGUACCUGUUUGCCGUCAGAGUUCACUUGCUACGAUGGUGGCUGUGUUCCGAGGUCGGUUAUGUGCGAUGGGCGCAAGGACUGUGGGGACGGAAGCGACGAAAUGGACUGUGAGCAAACCCCAUCGAUCAAAUCACUGAGCCGCUGUGGCCAAGGCCAGUUUGAAUGUAACGACGGCAUAUGUAUCGCGGAUUACAAACACUGCAACGGUAUCGUUGAUUGCCACGAUGAAUCUGACGAAACUGGCUGCAAUUCUGAUGCGUGUAGCUCCGACGAGUUCUCGUGCGACGGCCAGUGUUUCGAGAUGCGGGCUGCCUGCAACGGUAUUCCCGAUUGUAUGGAUGGCAGUGAUGAGCAAGACUGUAUCAUGUGCUACGGUGAUGCGUACCAUUGCAAGAAUAAGCAAUGCAUUCUGUCGGAACACUAUUGUGACGGGGAGCCUCAUUGUAGCGACGGUAGUGACGAGCUUGACUGUAACAACACUACGAACUGCAAUCGGUACGAGUGGCAGUGUAGAAAUGGCUUUUGCAUAAACAAGGAUUUCCGCUGCGAUGAGGCAUACGAUUGCACUGAUCGCUCUGAUGAAGAGGGCUGCGAUUACCAAGAACGCCCCAACGAAAUUUGCCGCGACGAUGAGUUUUACUGUGAUGGAAGAUGCAUUGAUGAAUUCCGUAGAUGCGACGGAGCUGAAGAUUGUGCUGACGGUACGGACGAGCAAGAUUGUGACGUUCCUCCGGAGCGCUGCGAAGAGCUACAGUGUCCGGAUGGAAGUUGUUUUAAACACGCGCAGCGUUGUGACGGAGUACGCAACUGUCUCGAUGCCUACGAUGAGCAGAAUUGUCCUUGUCGAUCGAAUGAAUUCACCUGCGGCGAUGGUCACUGCAUUCCCAACUCUCAAGUAUGCAACAAACGCGCCGAAUGUGCGGAUGGAUCAGACGAACGAAACUGCUCCUGUGCAAGAGACGAGUUCCGUUGCGGUACCGGCCAAUGUAUCGAUAAUAAUCGACGCUGUGAUCAGCGUAUCGAUUGUUCUGAUGGAUCGGACGAAAGAGAUUGCAGACCGGUUGGUUGUAGAUCGAACGAAUGGAAAUGCAACGAUGGUCAGUGCAUCCGACUCGACCAGCGUUGCAAUCGUCGAUACGAUUGUGUAGAUCGUAGUGAUGAGUCGAGUUGUUAUAGCUGCGGUCCGAACAAGUUCCGAUGCGAGAAUGGUCCUUGUAUUGCACAGGCGUUGAAAUGUAACGGCAGGGUAGACUGUCCGUAUGACACUAGCGAUGAGCUAGAUUGUACUGAUGAAUUCCAGUAUGUCCCUCCACCACCAUUCGAUCAGCCAAGACUGAAUCUGAAGACCUACCCCGAUGAGCAAACCAUCAAAGAAAAGGAAAUUGUGGAGGGCAAUGAGGUCGUGUUCCAAUGUCGCGAUGAAGGCCCAAUGCACGCCAAGGUUAGGUGGGUGCGUGGAAAUGGGCAACCCUUACCACCCGGCACACGAGACAUGAACGGUCGUCUGGAAAUACCGAACAUUCGGAUCGAUCACAACGGCGAAUACGUUUGUGAGGCUGUCGGUUAUUCGAAAUCAACUCCUGGAAGCAGCAAAACGGUUCACCUUACGGUUGAACGAUACAACUACCAACGUCCACCGACAGCGUGUGCAGUGAAUGAAGCCACCUGCAUGAACGGUGACUGUAUUCUAAAGACACAGAUUUGCGAUGGUAAUCGCGACUGUACGGAUGGUUCCGAUGAGACGGGUUGCAGUCGAUACCAACAGUGCGAACCGAACCAGUUUAAAUGCCGUAACAGCAAGUGCGUGCUCAAGACAUGGCUGUGCGAUGGUGAACAGGAUUGCGGUGACGGUUCGGACGAAGAAAACUGCGCCACACUGCCCCCAGACGCACCGUGCCGUUACGACGAGUUCCAGUGCCGAUCGGGUCAAUGCAUUCCGAAGUCAUUCCAGUGCGAUACGCACCCAGACUGUCAGGACAAAUCGGACGAAGUUGGCUGCAUGGCUCCAUCGGUAAUUCAGCCACCACCGCCAUCGUUAACUAUCCCUGCUGGUGGAAUCUUGAACAUUACGUGCCGCGCUACCGGAAUUCCGGUGCCACUGAUCGUGUGGCGUCUAAACUGGGGACAUGUUCCGCAAAAGUGCAAAUCGCGCAGUGAUCAAGGUUUAGGUCGAUUGAUUUGCGAGGAUAUGCAACCGAUCGACUCCGGUGCGUACUCGUGCGAAAUCAUUAACACGAUGGGAACCCACUUUGUGUCACCCGACACGAUUGUCAUCGUAACCGGUAGUGGUCCUGUUUGCCAGCAGGGCACAUUCAACAGCAAGGCACGCAAUCCGUCCGACUGCAUCAACUGUUUCUGCUUUGGUGUCUCGACCACCUGCAACAGCGCCGAUCUGUACACUUACGCUCUGAAACCUCCAGUCUCAUCGUUGACGAUCGUCGGAGUCGAAGGCCCGUGGAGUGGUCUUAGGGAUUUGAUUGUCGGAGAGUUCGAAAACCAUAACCUGACCGCUCAACGGCACGGUGUACAACUACGCUUGACUAAUCUUGUGCCUGGCCGUCGGGUACCAUAUUACUCCCUCCCAGAAGAAUAUAAAGGCAAUCAGCUCAAAUCGUACGGUGGUUCCAUUCGAUAUGAUGUCGAGUACGAUGGUACCGGUCGUCCAGUGAAUGCUCCAGAUGUUAUUAUUACGGGCAAUGGUAUGACCUUGACGUACUGGCACAGUGGCUCAAUCUAUCCAGACAUUAAAAACCACGUGUCCGUUAGCCUACUACCCAGCAACUGGGUGCGCACAGAUCGCACGCAAGCAACCCGGGAAGAUAUCAUGAUGGUGCUAGCCAAUAUCGAAAGUAUUCUGAUACGCAUGCAGUAUGUAGAGGGCAUUGAGCGCAACAUUGAGCUGGUCAAUGUGAUGAUGGACUCGGCAGCACAUGACGACCGCGGACUCGGCUCUGCUUCGCUGGUUGAAGAGUGCCGUUGCCCGCCUGGCUAUCGUGGCCUUUCGUGUGAGAGCUGCGAGCAUGGUUAUGUGCGGCAAAGCAGUGGACCGUGGUUAGGACGCUGUGUUCCAAGAGCGGAAGAGUGUCGCCCUGGGUAUUAUGGUGAUCCAAACCGAGGCAUUCCCUGUACACCGUGCCCAUGCCCGGUGGCUGGUGAAAAGUCAAGGGCCCGCUCCUGCUACCUGGAUAGCAGAGGCAAUGUGGUAUGCCAGUGUGACCGUGGAUAUACAGGCGAACGGUGUAUGGAAUGUGAUACAGGCUACGUCGGUAAUGCGCUUGGUGAAGGAUGUUUCCCACGCCCCGCCUCCAACUGCAACUCCCUGGGAACGGAACGUGUCGGUUCCGAUGGACGAUGUUAUUGCAAGCCGGGCAUUGAAGGAGUGUACUGCGAUCGUUGUGCCAACCAACAUUUCUACAUGCAUGAUAAGGGUUGUGUCGAAUGUUUCUGCAUGGGUGUUGUGAAUCAGUGCAGCAGUACUACCUGGACCCGUGACACCAUCCAAGCGUCGUUUGCUGAUGGUCGAUCAGGUUUCUCGCUAAUCUCGGACUACAUCAAUCCUUCGGUCGUAGCACAAGCCCUACCAAUUUUCAACCGGGAGAUCGUGUACCGUAACUUUGGUCCCAGUGAGAAUACCUUCUACUGGAGGCUUCCGACCCAGUUCUUAGGCAAUAAGCUUACCUCAUUUGGUGGUUAUCUGAAUUACACCCUGCGCUAUACUCCUCACUCCUCUGGUGGUAUUUCACGCAACAAUUCCCCGGACGUCGUUCUGCACAGUGGUAACAAAAUUAAGCUGCAUCACUAUCGAACGAACAAUCCCAUCUCACCAUACGGUUCAAGCACGCAUUCCGUUGCGAUUGUAGAGGAUGAAUGGCAAAACUAUGAAGACGGCAACACCGUAAACCGCGAGUAUCUGCUGAUGGCACUAGCGAACGUUAGUGAUAUUUUCAUCAAGGCAACGUACAAUACGAUUUCGAACGAGGCAGCCCUUUCACAUGUUAGCUUAGACAUUGCUAGAGACACACCGUACGGAACGGGUGUCCGUGCCUGGCCAGUCGAGCAGUGCCAGUGUCCUACCGGUCACAUCGGUUUAUCGUGUGAGGAUUGUGCUCCCGGCUAUUACAAGGGCGACCAGGGCAUCUAUCUCGGACUGUGCGAGCCCUGCUCUUGCAAUGGACAUUCGGAAGAGUGCGACGCUCAGACCGGUGUCUGCAUGAACUGCCGCGAUAACACCUACGGCAACAACUGCGAACUGUGCCGACCGCCGUAUACGGGCAAUGCAACCAUCGGCACACCGUACGACUGUACGCUCAGCAGGCCCGAUCAAACCUUCGAUUGUCGGGAGUGUGAUGUGCGUGGUUUCACCGGCAGCUGCCAGCGGGGCUGCGAGUGCAAGCAGCUCGUCGAGGGACGCCGCUGCGAUCAAUGCCGCGAAGGUUCGUUCGGUCUGAGCGUGCGCCACGAAACUGGAUGUUUGGAAUGUUUCUGUUCGGGCGUAACGAAAUCGUGCGGCAGUUCGAACUUGUACCGCGAAGAGUUGCCAGUGAUUGUGGAUGCGUUUGACAACACGAUUACGUUAGCCGAUCGUGAAGGUACGGUGCUGGUGAGCAACAACUUUAACAUCAACCCGAGCAUUAACGAGAUCAGUUACACGUUCCGUGAUCGUGAAACUUACUACUGGAGCCUACCGCAUUUAGUGCUUGGUAAUCAAGUACUAUCGUACGGUGCUAAUCUCACCCUCACGCAACACGUCGAUGGAGGACGUCCGCUGCCUGAUCAGGACAUUAUUCUGAUCGGUACGAAUGGUAUGAAAUUGACAUGGUCUCGCGACUAUUACGACGAUGGUACAUUCACCGUACCGCUGCUUGAACGAGGAUGGACGGUGACGAAUCGCCGAUCCUCGUAUCCGGCAUCCCGAAGCGAUCUGUUGACGGUGUUAUCCGAUCUGAAGAAUAUCUUGAUUCGUGCAACCACUAAGGAAUCUACAAGGGUAUCGAAGCUGAGUGAUAUUGCACUCGGAACGGCUAUUCCCACACGAACGGCCGAACCUGCCGAAGAAGUCGAAAUGUGCCGCUGUCCUAAGGGUUAUCGUGGAACCAGCUGUGAGCAAUGUGAGGACCUGCACUACCGUGACAUUUACGAUCGUUCAGCCGGUCUCCUAGGCGCUUGCAAACCAUGCCCAUGCAGCCAUGAAACUGCCGAAUCGUGCCAGAUGAGCAACCGGGGAGUCGUAGUGUGCAGCUGUAGGGAGGGCUUCACUGGCGAUUAUUGUGAUAACCUGAAACCGGCUAACAGUAGAGCUCCAACAAAAGUUGAAUGCACAAAAGAUGCCUUCGUACACACGCUUAACAACGGUCGCUACAAUUAUGUCCACAAGUGUGAUGUUGACGGCUUGGAGGUUGGCGUAAUGUACAAAAGCAAGCGAUCGAAUGAAGAAAUCGACACUCGUCCGACUGUGCCACCAAGGAAUCCGGUAAUCGAAAUAAGCGUUAGCGUACCUUCCAUUAAGAUCGUCGAGGUUGGUGAGGACUUCCGUGCGAACUGUAAAGCAUACCACGUCAUUACGAAGAACCCGAUCGACGUACAAUGGACCAGAAUGAAUGGACGCUUGCCGGAGAGAGCGUACAUAGACCGUGGUACGCUUGUGAUCACGAACAUUCAAAUCACCGACGGUGGUUCGUACGUUUGUAAGGCAGGCAGUGGAGCCGAGGUGGUUUACUCGCAGAUCACGAUCAACGUCAGUAAGCUAGAACCGGUCAGACCGACGAUCGAAGUUUCGCCGCCAUUCAUCGAUCAGGACGAAUAUUCAUCAGCAGAAGUACGCUGUUCUGCCACCGGCUAUCCCACUCCCACCAUCACAUGGGAACGUGCCGAUCAACCGCUACCGUACAACGUCGUCAACGAAGGUGGCCUGCUCCGUUUCAACUCACUGCGACUGCACGAUGCUGGAACAUACCGUUGCCGUGCCAGUAACAAUGUCGGCGACGUUGAUGAAAUAUUGACGGUUUAUGUACGUCCCACCGUUGGACCCACGGUUCCUCCACCGGAUUCCCAAGAAGUCGAACGCAUUGAAAUUACACCCAACAGCUUCGAUGGACAGCCGGGUGAAAAGAUCCGACUCGUCUGCCGUUGCUCACCGACCGCACACGUCAUCUGGACAAAGCUGGGAGAACCUCAGCUGCCCUACAAUGUGGAAGUUAACAACGAGAUACUUAUCAUCGAGCAUGCAUCGCAGGAGAACACAGGACGGUACAGCUGUACCGCAUACUUCCCGAACGGGCGCGUCAAAACUUCAACCGUCGAUGUCUUGAUUACCGAUAAUAACGUGCGCCCAGAAUCGAACAAGGUUGCUCCGCGGGUGAAUCCUUUGAACAAGAACUACGUCGUUUUGCAAGGGGCUGACUUUUCGCUUUCUUGCGAAGCAACUGGCACUCCUUUCCCUACCAUCAAAUGGACAUUGAGUGGCAAACCGUUCGAAAGCAACGUCCAGCAGAGUGGCAACGUGCUGCGUAUCUUCAACGCUCAACCGAGCAACGGUGGCGUGUACAUCUGCGUCGCCAACAAUGAGGAGGGCAUGGACCGAUCGUACACCGUCGUAGAAAUUGAUCGUCGAGAAAGACCUACGCUAGAAAUCUAUCCGAGCGAACCGCAAACGAUUAAGGUUGGCGAAUCGGUGCGUCUUAGCUGUCGCGCUUCCGCUGGCGUGCCGUACCCAACGAUCACUUGGGUCCGCAAAGAUCGUAUGCCACUAUCAUCUCGCUUCACCAACGACGCAGAAGGUGUUAUAACUCUACGGGAAGCCACACUGGACGAUGCGGGCGAGUACGAGUGCCGUGCGGAGAACGUAGCCGGUACGGCCGUGAUUGCAACAACGAUCGAAGUAUUGCAGCCACCAAUUAUUAGACUGGAGCCAAAUGAGUACCACAAGGUAACCGAGAACGAUGACUUUACCAUCCACUGUUCUGCGACGGGCAAACCGGCACCCAUGGUCAUGCUGACGCCACCACGCGGUGCCAUGCGUUCGCACUUUGGCCAGCAGACGGAAGGCUUACGCGAGGUAACGCUUCACCUACACCGAGCCGAGCUAAAUGACGCUGGAACGUACGAGUGUACCGCUAAGAAUGCGGCCGGUGAGGACUCCCAGUACCUGACACUGCAAGUUGACAUGAAACGUGGUGACGUUGGUAGCUAUGACGAUUACGAUCGUCCCACUCCACGGCCAAAUCCCCGACCAAACCCACAAACCCCAUUCGUGCACACGUAUAAGGCAGUGUACGGCGAAGAAUCCACACUGUUGUGUCAGGAGGAGUUGAAAAGUGCACGAACGGAAUGGCGCCGCAGUGAUGGACGUCCAUUGCCGUACGGUUCCACCGUUAGGGGAGGCAAUCUGACGAUUGAAAAUACGGGCUACGAUGCGGAAGGUAUGUACGACUGUAUAGCGUACCCAAUGCCGAAUCAGCAACCAGUGACGGUGGUGCGCAUUAUGGUCGAAGUAGUCUCCAUGCCAAAGAUAACGUUUAGCCCAUCGAUGCCAAUGACGGUGCGUCCGGGCGACAUGGUUGAUAUCUACUGUAAUAUAACGGGUGUCGAAGGUCAGGUUAAUAUCCGCUGGCACGGUGAGGAUGAACGACCACUGCCACCUACGGUGGAUGUGCAUGGAAAUUAUUUGCGAUUCUCGAGUAUCGCACCGGAGGACGCCGGUCGGUACCUGUGCAACGUAACGCAUAGGCACGGAACCAUUACGAAGGCUGCGGAAGUGAUCGUUAACAAAACAGCGCUCGUGCACGAUCCUUCCCAUUCGGGCAACCGCAACAUCAACGUGGCGCAAGGUUCUUCAAUACAGCUGGAAUGUAAGCUACCGCCUGGUGCACCGUACGUCAAUGUUAGGUAUAACUGGCAUCGUAGAGGGCAAAGUCUGCCGGCAAGUACGUACAUUUCAAGGAACGGCAAAGUGAUGCAUCUCAAAAACCUGGCCCGUAAUGAUGCCGGUACAUACGAGUGCAGUAUGACCUACCCGGACGGCACUGUUGUAAACGAUUCCAUCGUGCUAACUAUCGGUGGGCGUCCAACCGAUGUGCAGAAACCUACGUUAGAACCUUGUCCCGCCGUGCCCAAAUACUGUCUAGAGCUCGUUAUCUGCUGCAUCAGGGUUGACAGGCCGCGAAUGCAACGCGGUCGAAAGCGCAACGCCCGAUGGAGACGAGUCGGCGGUGUCAACAGGCCUACCAUUAAGGAUGCUGCGUUCGCGGUUGCGGAUGUCAAGGUCGACCGUCCGAACCGCCUGCCAACGUACCAGUUCGCUCCAGAGUCACUGCCCUAUCUGCAGCUCGAACCUUCGUAUUCGAUGGUACGGCCCGGUGAAUCGUUGGUAGUCGAUUGUAGCUCUUCCGAUGGUACGGGUGUACCAAUCCGCUGGGAGAAGUCUGACGGAACAUCCCUGCCGUACAACAUUCGUCAAGAAGGAAACCGUCUCUACAUUCAAAAUGCCCGAGAAGAUGAUUCCGGCUCGUACACCUGCAUCUGUUACACCGACGAUGGUUUACGGUACAUUACUGACUUCCAGCUGGAGGUAGAGGAAAAUACGAUCCCAGACGUACCACCGCGUAGUACGUCACGGUUAGAAUUUGUCGAACGUGGCAGUACGGUGAGAUUACAGUGCAACACUGAGUUGCAACCAACAUCCUACCAGUGGUCCCGCGUAGACGGAGAUCUACCAUCCGACCGAGAUACACGCGGACCUGUUCUAACGCUGACGAAUGUCCAAGCUUCGGAUGCCGGAAAGUACAUCUGCUCGGCCAAACACGGUGGUCAAUCGGUGAACGUCGUCAUCACGCUGGUAGUCAACAACGUGAUUCCAUUCUUCCCACAGUCACCUCGUAGCUACAUGGAGUUCAAGUCCUUCGACAAUGUGUACUCCAAGUUCUAUUUCGAGAUUUCGUUCAAACCGGAAAAGAUGAACGGUCUCAUCCUGUACGCUUCGCAGCGUCGCCCUAACCAGGACUACAUUGCACUGUCGCUCCGCAACGGCUAUCCACAGUUCCGCUUCAACUUCGAUGGGCAGCAGGUAGUUUUGCAGCCGGAGAAACCUGUACACAUGGGCAAAUGGCACACGGUGAAGGUGAAUCGCGUACGCAACAAUGGUUUCCUGCUUGUGGACGAUCAAACGCCGGUCAACUUCCCGGAGAAGCUUAAAUUCUACGGACUCAACCUGGACGACCAUUUGUUCAUUGGCGGUGUGCCACAGUUCGAUCAGGUACCGGCGUCCGCCGUGGAGUAUAAGGAAGGCUUUGUUGGAUGCAUUAGUCGGCUCAAGUUGAACGAGAAGGAGGUGCAGCUAUACGAAGAUGCACUGGAAACGAUCGGUAUAACAACGUGCGAACCCUGCGCUGAAGAUCCGUGCAAGAACUCGGGAACUUGUCUGGAAGCACAAACGGCCCACGGCUACAGCUGUCUCUGCCGGGACGGAUAUACAGGUAAGAACUGUCAGCAUGAGGGUGACGGAUGUAGCGAAGACACAUGCGGUGUGGGACGCUGCGAGGAAACGGACAGUGGAACGGAAUGCUACUGCCCAAUACACAAGACCGGCGAUCGCUGUCAGUACACCGAGCACUACACGGAUGCAACGCUCGCUUUUAAGGAUGGUAGUUACGCAGCAUACGACAAAUUCCAAUCGAAGCGUAGCAUCCGCUUCCGUUUCAAGCCAGACUCGCUGGAUAAUGGUAUUAUAUUCUAUGCGGCAGAACACGAACAAUCGUAUGGUGAUUUUAUGGCAGUGAUUCUUAACUUCGGGUUCGUCGAGCUGCGCUAUAGUGUGGCCGGAAAAACGAAACCACUCAUCGUACGUUCGACUGUGCCGGUUCAGAUCGCCCAGUGGCAUACGGUGUCGGCAGGACGUAGCAAGGCCGGCAUCGGUUAUCUGCAAGUAGAUGAUGAGCCUGUCAACAAUGAAAUGUCCAAUCGCAACACACCAAUCGCGCUAAAGACGAAGGUGUACGCCGGUGGUUACGACAAGCGGCUGCUGCUUAGUCAAGAAAUUGGUGUACGACGAGGCUUUGAGGGCUGCAUAGCGGAGCUCGAAACAUCUGGCAACAAACUGAACAUGAUUGAAGAUAUUCGAGACUCGGCCAACGUGUACCACUGCGGACACGCAGGAGCACCACAACCUGAUCCUUCGGACGAUGAAAGUCCGGUCACGUGUCGCCCGGGACGUGGUGGUUAUGAUUGCGAAAUCAUCACCGACAUCUGUCUCGAUCAGCGGCCCUGCGAGAAUGGUGCCCUCUGCCAAACGCAUCAGGGUGGUCAAAACUAUACAUGCACCUGUCUGGCGGGCUAUCUUGGAUUGCGCUGCGAGGUUCAGUACAAUACGCUCGUUGCAUCACGUUUCAGCGGAAAUGGGUUUAUCGAGAUAAAUCCAAAAGCUUUCAAGAACAACGAAAACCAAGUCACGACUGAACUCGCGAUCAUGUUCAGCGCCAACGAACCGAAUGGAUUGCUAAUAUGGUACGGACAGCGCAACGAUGAGGAGUUCCUUGGCAAUGAUUACAUUGCUCUCGCAAUUCAAAAUGGCUUCGUCGAGUUAACCAUCCGCAUGGAUGGACAGGAAUCGAACGUACGCAACAGCGAUGUGUAUGUCGUCGAUAACGAACGGCACGUGGCACUGAUACGCCGCGAGCGCAACCAGUUCCAUCUCCAGGUUGACUCGAUGACGGUGCACGGUGAGACGCGUCCUACCGGCAAGCAGACGAUGGAAAUCCCCGGCAGCAUCUAUGUCGGUGGUGUACCGGACAUUGAACGUAUCACCGGAAAUCGGUACAACGAGAGCUUCAACGGAUGCGUAUUUAGUGUGGAGAACAUCGAAGAGAGCAAGUCGAUUGAACUGCGUGACUUUGCCAUUCGCACCGUAAAUGUAGAUGUGUGUGACGAACCCAACCUAGGAACGGAACCGCCCGUUGUAUAAAACUCAUUUCUUCCCCGAGCAAGAAGGAGCUU